CUCCAUCACCAGCCACCCCUGCGUCGACGGCGUUAGGCCCCCCGCGACCAUGUCCGUCCCGCUCUACUCCUCCAUGGCUCCCCCGCCCCGGCGCAACCCCCUCUCAGCCCCCACCAACCACCGCGCGAUAAACCAGCCCUACGCACCGCCCGGAACACCCCCCAAGCCACACGUCCAAGUCCAAGAGAAGCAGCGCAACCCGUCAUCGCCUCCUCUCCCGAGGCAGAACGCGAAGGUCACGCCUCCUUCGCCUCCUAGACUCAUCACCGACAAGUCUCGAACCAUCCAAUUCGUCCGCGUUGGAAUGCUCGGCGAGGGUGGCUUCGCUCGCGUCUAUGAAGUUCAAGACUCCCGCGGCGGGAGGGUAGCCUGCAAAGUCGUUACGAAGUCCUCUUUGAAGACAAAGAAGGCAAAGACAAAGCUCUACGCUGAGAUCAAGAUCCACCGGUCGCUGGACCACCCAAACAUUGUUAAUUUCCAGGAAUGUUUUGAGGACGAUGACAACGUCUACAUGACGCUCGAGCUAUGCCACAACGGGUCGCUUAUGGACAUGCUCCGACGGCGGCGACGGUUCACAGAGCCCGAGUCACGUUUCUUCAUGGUCCAGCUCAUCGGCGCGUGCCAGUACAUGCACACGCACCAGGUCAUCCACCGUGACCUAAAGCUUGGUAACAUCUUCCUUGACCGGAAUAUGAACGUGAAGGUCGGUGACUUUGGCCUCGCGGCACUUAUCGAGAAUCCGGGCGAGCGCAAGAAGACGAUCUGCGGCACGCCAAACUACAUUGCGCCCGAGGUGCUCUUCGACACCGCGAAUGGACACAGUUUCGAGGUCGACACGUGGUCGAUUGGUGUCAUCCUCUACACGCUCGUCGUUGGGCGUCCACCCUUCCAAACGAAGGACGUCAAGGCGAUUUACAAGCGCAUCCGCGACAACGAGUACGAUUUCCCCGAGGACCGCGCUGUGUCCCCACAAGUAAGGGAGCUCGUCCAGCUGAUCCUCACCCCCGACCCGCAGCAGCGCCCCACCCUUCAUGAAAUCGUCGACCAUGCGUGGUUCACCUCCGGCAUCGUGCCUGGCUACAUCCCCGCAACUGCGCACGAUGGUAUUCCAAGUUUCUCCCACAUCACGCGUUCGGUCUCUGAGGCGAACCUCGCGCGCCUGAAGCGAACCGCCCUGCUGGAUGAAGACCAGGUCACCAGCAUUAAUGUCCCUGCGCCGCCCCCGCCCGCCGCGGCUACCUCGAGUAAGAGCAAAGGCAUGUCGUCGAGCUUGGCUCAGCAGGAGAAGGAGUUCCAGAAGGCGGUGCAGCCCGGCUCACCAAUCUCUGCCCUUCUCAGCUCCGCACGGCAGCCUCUGCUUGUUGCGCCUCUCGCUGCACCACGCGGCGAGCCGCUCAUCCGCAAACUUCAGGCGGCCAAGGACUUGCGCUCGCCCGUGCGCCCCGGCCGCGCGAACCUCCAAAACAUCGCGGAACACGAGGAGGACGAGGACGCGCAACGAGAGCAGAUCCGCAAGAAGGAGCUAGAGAGCCAGAAGGCGCGUAUUGUGGCGCAGAUGGUGCCGGGCAGCGCGCCGCCCUCAGCGUGUGGCCAGGAGGACCAGGAGAAUAUGCCCCCACCGGAGUACAAAUCCACGCGCGAACGGAGGGGCGAGAACAACAAAGAGCGGGUCAAGGAGAAGCAGAUCGCCAAGGACGAGCCAGCCCUUGCGGCCCCGUCGUCCUCUUCGAAUGCGCUUGCUCUCCGCCCGAACGGCUUCGACGCCGCUGCGCAGACUCUCACGGCGGCUUUCGAGGCAAAGGCUGCAGGUCGCGUCUUCAAGGAUACACGCGAGGAGCCUGGCUUGCCUGACCCGAAGGUCUUCAUCGUCUCCUGGGUUGACUACUGUAACAAAUACGGCAUGGGCUAUGCGCUCACCGACGGUUCGCUUGGUGUUCACUUUAACGACAGUACGACGAUGAUUCUUUCUGCGGAUAAACACCACUUUGAUUACAUCUCCUCGAGGCGCCAGGGUUCGGUAUACGUGCGCAAGAACUAUACGGUAUCUGAAUAUCCCGAAGAUCUGAAGAGCAAGGUGUACCUCCUCAAGCAUUUCGAACGCUAUAUCAUGGAGCGCCUCUACGGCGACUACCCAUACACUUACGAAGACACGAACCGAACGAAGGGGAUGGACUUCGUGCAGAAGUAUCUCCGCAUGAAGCACGUUAUCGUGUUUAAGCUGAGUCAUGACGUCUUACAGUUCAACUUUUACGAUCAUUCAAAAGUCAUCCUCUCGUCCCAAGGACUGCUCAUCACGCACAUCGACAAGGAUUACAACCUCACGCGGUGGAAGCUGAGCGAGAUCAUGGCGAUCGCCCUUCGCCCGCCGGUCGCGGACCCCGUGCAGCUGAAGUUUAACCAGCGCCUCUACGAUAAGGUCAAGUACUGCAAGGAGGUUCUCAUGUCGAUCAAGGCCGCCAGCUCGGGCUCGGGCUCGGCUUCUGGACAGGACCAGCCGCAGCAGGUCCAGGGACAGGGCGAGGACCCGGAGGGUUUCGCGAUGCCUGGCGGGCCGCCACCCAUGAGCACCCGCUCGUCAAAGCAGUCGUUGCGCUAGCGGCCCUCCUGCGGUUUGUUACGGCAGCGAGGAGAC